ACCAAGCUAUCGAGACUCCCGUAUAGCACAGGUUCCAAUGGCGGCCCAGGAGCUGGACGAUAUCUUUCCUCGGGAUCCCAAGAAAUUGAACCCUCAUACCUUGAUCGAUUUCGAUGAUCUGAUAGGCGAACCGCCCAGUCUUCUAUCUCUGGACGGAGUGUGGGACAAGUCGGCCCGCUCCUUCAACUUCAGCAAGGAUCUGUGCUACCUCAUCCUCACAACACUAUGUGGUAUCCCGAUCUCCGUCCUGUGUGGACUGAAGUUCGCCUUCCUCAGCUUUGGUACGAUUUGGUGUGUGACGCCAUGCGUAAAGGCGUACCACGUGUGUAUGAUGUCGACCCGUGGAAUCUACUCCACCCUUAUCAAAUGUGUGUGUGACCCUCUCUGGGAGUCCUUCGGCAACCUCUUCAGCAACAUCCGCGUCAGCAAGGCUGACCUGUAAACUG